AUGAAUGUAAAUGAUUUAGUGACCCGUUUAUUUUUUCUCACCAUUAUUUAUAUUGUUGGAGCUGCACCUGAUGAUAAGAGCUCCGCGUCGAAUCCAGUGAACAACGAGGCGUGCAAGGCGCGUGCGACCGCGUGCGAAUCGAACGCAGCGCACGCUCGCCGUCCUGUCUGCGGCACCGAUGGACGUACAUAUCCUUCGCGAUGUCACCUCAUGAUAGCCCAGUGCAACGGCCCACCAGUCACCAUAGCAAGGAAAGGACCCUGCGUCGAGGGACAAUCAUCCUGCCUGAUAGCGCAACGAUAUGCCCUAAACGCGCAGAGUGGGGUGUGGUCAGCAUAUGUUCCUCGAUGCCGUGCUGACGGUAGCUACGCCGCCGUGCAGUGCGCGAGUGCGGGCGCGGCCCCGGGCGGCUGCUGGUGCGUCACUCCUGAUGGCAAACCGCUCCCAGACACUUCUGUCAGAAACGGCAGACCUGAUUGCACAAGGACCGGUAAAUCACACACGAGGAGGCGGUCCUCGGUUCGCGGGCAACGCAAUAAAAGAACGUGCACAAGGACCGACCGGGCCCAGUUCAAUGGAAAUCUCAUCAAAAUCUUCAGUGGGGAGUUCGAAAGGGCUCGAACUGAUUCUGGAUCAUCACCAGAACCGAGGGUUGUAGCCGACUGGAAGUUCAGGGAGCUGGAUAGAGACCAUAGCGAUGCUUUGCAAAAGUCCGAGUAUAGAGGACUCAGAAGACUUAUCAAAAAGGUGGUGAAACCGAAGCGGUGCGCACGGGCAUGGGCGCGCGGCUGCGAUGGUGAUGGAAACGGAGAGAUAGCUCAUGCUGAGUGGGUAGCGUGUUUGCUGGUCAACCCGGAGCCGCCUGCACCGGACUUCUCUCUCCGUUUCUUCAUGUCGUUGAAUGCAGACGAUGACAGCGGUCCGGAACCCGAGCCUGCUGAUUACGAGGAGGAACCGCCACCAGAUCCCAGCUCAGUUUUACCUGGGAUUGUCCGGAACUCGUUCGCGCCUGAUGGAUCCGAGUCUGAAGCGAGGCGGGAAGAUGAGGCUAACGACUGUUUGACAGACAGACAAGCUGUUUUGGACGAACAGAAAGCGGGUGGAGCUGCUCUGUACGUGCCUGAGUGUACGGGUGACGGAAGGUACGCGCGCGCACAGUGCUACAGGUCAACUGGCUAUUGCUGGUGCGUGCACCAAGACACAGGGAAACCAAUCCCUGGCUCCUCCGUCAAGGAUCGCCGACCUGACUGCGACGCGGCACCACAACACGCCAGUCCGAUGAGAGGUUGUCCAGAGCCAAUGAAGAGCAAUUUCUUACGGGACCUGAUGAGCUUCUUCGUGUCCAAAAUGACGACUUCUAUCAACGGUACUGGCCCUGGAGAUAUGGUAAAAUGGGGCGCAUCCAAGGAGGAGCAAGCAGCUACUUGGACUUAUGUAAUGUUAGACAAGGAUAAGAACAAAGCGUUGGAGCGACGGGAGUGGAAGGCGUUCCAUCAGCUGAUAUCCAACGUCGAGCCUCUGAGGCGGUGUGGUCGAAAGCUGCCUAGAUACUGCGACGUUAACCAUGACACCAAGAUCAGUAUUACAGAAUGGAUGGCGUGUUUGGAAGUCACACAAGGGUCACAGACCCAAACGACUGAAGCUGCCAAAGCCCCAUCUAAUCCUAGAAGAAAAGGUCCGAAUCCACUGGAAUCAUUUCUGAAAGCUGAUGAUUGA